GUCUUUAUGUCGUAGCAGGCGGCUGAUGGAGCAUCUCCGAGAUGCGCUCUGGUUUUGGGGAGGGGCGGAGCAUGUCCAGGAUGUCUCUGAGCAGGUCUCCAGUGUCUCCUAUGACUGCCCAGGGCAUCCCCUCCCCGGCCCAGCUGACCAAGGCCAACGCCCCCGUCCACAUCGAUGUAGGGGGCCACAUGUACACCAGCAGCUUGGCUACUCUCACCAAAUACCCCGAGUCCAGGAUCAGUCGUCUCUUCAAUGGCACAGAGCCCAUCGUGUUGGACAGCUUGAAGCAGCACUACUUCAUCGACAGGGAUGGAGACAUAUUCCGGUACAUCCUCAGUUUCCUGCGCACCUGCAAACUACUGCUCCCAGAGGACUUCCAGGACUUCCCGCAGCUGUACGAGGAGGCACGUUACUACCAGCUGACCCCCAUGGUGCGGGAGCUGGAGCGUUGGCAGGUGGAGCGCGAGGCCCAGCGGGCCGCCCCAUGUGAGUGCCUGGUGGUGCGUGUCACCCCCGACCUGGGCGAGAGGAUCGCUCUCAGUGGUGAGAAGGUUCUAAUCGAGGAGAUCUUCCCAGAGACCGGGGACGUCAUGUGCAACUCGGUCAACGCCGGCUGGAACCAGGACCCCACGCACGUCAUCCGCUUCCCUCUCAAUGGCUACUGCAGGCUCAACUCAGUGCAGGUACUGGAGAGGUUGUUUCAGAAGGGCUUCACCGUCAAGGCAUCCUGUGGUGGCGGAGUCGACUCGUCCCAGUUCAGCGAGUACGUCCUGUGUCGCGACCUCAGAAGGAGCCAGUCCAUCAGCAGCACUCCCAUUCGGAUCAAACAGGAGCCUCUGGACUAACUGGCGCAAACUCAAAAUCAACGAGGGGGACUAUGACUUUAAUGACAACGGUCACCAGAGUAAACCGACUUCCAACUGUAAAAACAAAACGCCUCUAGUAGGCAGAGGAGAGUGUCACGGCGACGUUGAGCCAGCAAAUAACACCUCAAAUCUCGGACACAUAACAGGAAAAAGGAAACGUCUUCUCUGUGUGAGAUGAUUUUAGAGGCCUCUGACUUCUGCUGGAGAACCAAUAUGGACUAUUGAUUAUGACUACCGCAAGAGUGCUCAGCCAGCCUUGGGCUGAGGGAAACCUUUUUCAUCUGCCGUCUGGCAAUAAUGACACAAUGUGGUAGCUUCUGUAGAGCGAGCAAAAUUCAAAGACAAGCGAUACAAAUUUAUUAAAAUUAAAAAAGUAAAAUAAAACCGCGAGUGCAUAGUGCACCACAUAUGGGCUUCUCCUUUCAGGAGCAAAGCAUACAUGAUUCAGUCUCAUUACAAUAUAAUUCUCAUGUAGAUAUUUGUUAUAAGAAUCAAAAUUGCUCUUUGUUUGAUAUUGAUCGAUACUGGCUUGAAUAUGUCCAUUGUGCAUAUGAAUGAAUUGAAAGGUAAUUUUUUUAUAUGUGGGCCAAGGUGCCACGCGGCGAGUAAUUUAAUUCCUUUUAUAUUAUUGCAAUUUUGAAAAUGUAUAUUUAAUGUAUUUGUUAGCUUACAUUGUGUCACAAUUUUUCCAUUUGUACAGAUGUAUUGAUAAAAAGAUGAAAAG